AGACAAAAAAGAGUGCCAGGGAAGACAGGAAGAGACAGACAGAGCGCCACGGCGGUGCAGCUGAGUGUCUCCAGGAGUCCUCCUCUGAAUGCCACAUGAGGCUGCCCUUCAGCGCCACCGCAGAGCCAGUGAUCACGGAGCACACGGAGAUGAAUUUCCUCAGCAGUGUCCUAGCAACCUAUUCCUUUGUCUCCAAAAACCCUGAGCGAGCUGCUCUGUACUUUGUCUCCGGCGUGUGCAUCGGCCUGGUCGUGACCCUGGCUGCCCUGGUGAUGAAGAUCUCUUGCCACACCGAUUGCAGGCGAGGUCCCCGCAGGAGGUUCCCGCAGGAUGGCGAGGACAGCAGUGACAGCAGCGACAGCGAGGAGGACAGCUCGGACACCACAUCAGACAGGUCAGUGCGGAGACACCGCCGCUUUGAGAGGACUUUGAACAAGAAUGUGUUCACAUCUGCAGAGGAGCUGGAGCGAGCCCAACGGCUGGAGGAGCGGGAACGCAUCAUCAGGGAGAUCUGGAUGAAUGGUCAGCCUGAGGUCCCCGGCACUCGCAGCCUGAACCGCUACUACUAGGGGCGCAGAUGGACCCCCACUCCCGCUUCAACACACACACCCAGCACCCCUGGAAGCGGCCGGGAAAGCGGAGAGUCUGCAGAGGUGGUGGGCACAAGGAGCUGAACUCAGCUCUGCUAAUGUGGCGGCAGAGCAAAGCAGGACCUGCUAGUCUUCUGGUCAGAACUGGUUUCUCCUUUUAACUUUGUCUGUGGAGUAGAAGAAAAACCAAGCUGGUUUAUCAACCUGUCCAGGUCUUGGAAUGGUGCUGAAACCCGUCUCCAACACUGUGGAUGGAGAUUUGAGAAACAGGACUAUGGUUUCUCAGUUUCUGAGGAUCUCAGAAGUUUCUGCAGACUUCAUUGCUAUGUGUUAUUCCUUUACAAAAGGAAAGAUUCUCAUAGUAUGAGAGCUGGAGAUAUCAGGGUGACCUUGACCCAGGAAAUGCAAUUUUCUAAGUGAUUCCAUGCUGUGGAGGUGAUUCUGAUCUAGGUAGCAUGAUCCAUGCUUUUUAUUUAAGGCUAAAUUUUUAAAAAUUUUGUGUUGCAAUGGCAACCUCUCCAUUUUAACUGGCACCUCAGGGAUUAAAAUCCUAUUUUUUAGUACAGUCCCCACCUCAUUCAUUAAAAUGAAUGGAAUUAUUGUAUUAUGGGAGAAGUGUCAGUGGACUAGAAAAUAUCAAUAAUCUCAGAGGAUGAAGGGUUUUUAUUUUAAAUAGUUUAUGAAAUAUAUAUAUGGACGUGCAUAUUUGGAAAUGCUGCAUAAGAAUAAGAAUUGUGUAUCCUCCCUCUCUGGAGAGAAGAAAAGUUUAUUAUGAUUCUAAAUAAUAAGACUUUACACAUUUCGUUUUUGAAAAAGUUGGAUUUCUAAAGACCAAAUGGAUAAUGGGAGAUGAGAGUUAAAGCAAAAAUUAAGAUGGGAUAAAAAAAAUAAAUGCUACAUGAAAUGUU